AUGACACGAUCGCUGUUAUCAGUAGUUGCGACAGCGGAUAAUUUCCCUUUAUAUGCAAUACCACCUUCAUCUCCACCCUCACCAUACGUACCAUUCCAUCUAACCCUAUCAGAUCAUCUAAAUCACUUAUCCCCUUUGGGUUUACUUCGUCAAGAUGUAAUACGUGAGAUGAAAGAGAUUUCCAGCAAAUGGGAAAAGGAAGGUGAAGAAGGGAUAUGGGAAUUUGAAGAAAAUGGUAAACCUGAUGAAACUGGUAAUUGGUUAUCAGAAAUUACUUGUGUGUAUUUCAAUGAAAAUCUGGUCAAGAAAGGUUCAAACGAAUUAGGAAAAGUUAUGGCUAAAGUAGCUAGGAGUUGGAAAGAUCAAGGUAAAUUCCCAGGUCCACUAGCAGGAUGGCGAGAUGAACUAUACACAAUAUACGCAUCACCUAAAUCGUCCGGAUUACAGCAAUCCGCCAAGAGUUCGCAAAGUGGGUCAUUUGAUAAUGUAGCCUUCAACCUAGAAAGAGCAGCUUGUGCUCUAUUCGGAUUAGCUACAUUCGGUGUGCACAUGACUGCUUAUGAAGGCGAAGGUGUGAACAUGAAGGUUUGGGUACCUAGGAGGAGUAAGACCAAAGCGACGUGGCCAGGAAAACUAGAUAAUUCCGUUGCAGGAGGUAUAACAGCAGGUUCGACACCUCUAGAAACGAUAGUAAAAGAAUGUGAUGAAGAGGCUAGUUUACCCGAAGAUUUAGUCAAACGAUACAUAAAGAAUCGCGGUGUCGCGACGUAUUUCUACAUAACAGAAGAUGGGUUUUUGCAACCUGAGGUCGAAUACAUAUAUGAUCUACCAUUACCUCCUUCCAACUCCGCAGAGUAUGUGAGACCUGCUCCUCAUGAUGACGAAGUUGAAUCAUUCGCUCUCCUUACAAUACCUGAAUUGAUCGGAGCACUUCAUUCAGGAGAUAUGAAACCUAAUUGCGGUUUGGUAUAUGUCGAUUUCUUGAUAAGGCAUGGAUUGAUCACACCUGAAACAGAACCGAAUUUCUUGGAGAUCACAUGGAGAAUGAAAAGGACUUUGGGAGUAGCAAUGCCUGGUAUAUAG